AUGCUGUCCAACAUCGUCCGCAGCACCACGCGCCAGCGCGCCCGGGUUUUCCUACAGAUGCAGCUCGCAACCCGCAGCUGCCAGAGCCUGCCUGGCCCUGUCCGGUCGCGGCCGGUGCUUUGCUGGAGACGUGCUUUGGGUGCUUCCCUGCUACUGGCCUCUUGUGGCAUGCUUGCAGCACCCACGGCCUUCUCGCUCCGCCGUUCCGAUGGGCCCGCAAAGUGCGAGGAGAGCGCUGUGCAGAGCGACAAGGGCCAG